CAAUCGCGUAAGACCACGAUCGCAAUGGCGGCGUGGCUGAGCAAUUUUGUGUUAUCCGGUGGUUAGAUGUCAGUUUUGGUCGGUUUGUCGGUGGUGAGGUCGAAUUAAGUUGCUUUGUUUAUCGUUGAUCGAUGUGCUCGAUCUUUCCCUCAGUCAUGCACUAUUUUCUGGUGGUUGCAUUGUUGGAUUUAACCUUCGACGCGGUGGGAAGUGUUACUCAGACAGAGGUCAACAGACACCUGGAACUCGGUAGGGAAUUUUUGGCAAAAGGUCAGCUGCAGGAUGCCCUGUCGCAUUAUCACGCGGCUGUUGAGGGCGAUCCAACAAAUUAUUUAACGUACUACAAGAGAGGCACGGUUUAUUUAGCGUUAGGCAAAGCCAAGUUCGCCCUCCUUGAUCUUGACAGGGUUUUGGAUUUACAGCCGGACUUUAUACCAGCAAGACUGCAACGUGGGAAUAUCUUACUCAAGCAAGCUCGCUUCGAUGAGGCUGAAUUGGACUUUAGAAACAUUUUGGCUAUAGAUAACUAUAACAGAGAUGCCUUGGAUGCCUUAGAAAAAUUAUUCACUGCUAGGGAAGAGAUGCAUUACAUCGAUCCACAUGUGAAAGCGGGUGAUCACUUAGCAGCUAUACAACUGAUUACUCGAAUUCUUGAGACAUGUCCGUGGUCAUCUAGUCUUAGAGAACGCAGAGCGGAGAUUCACGUCAUUCUUGGAGAUUACAUGAGCGCUAUAUCCGACAUACGUUCGACCACGAAGUUGUUGUCUGAUAACACGGAGGGAUUUUUUAAACUCGCAGUCUGGCUCUAUCGUCUUGGACAGGUUGACGAGGCGUUAAAGGAGAUUCGAGAAUGUUUGAAACUCGAUCCGGAUCACAAGCAAUGUUUCCCGUUUUAUAAGAAGAUCAGAAAGAUCGCCAAGUUGCUGCAAGACACCGAGACGGCAUUAGAGGACACGAGGGAUUAUGACGCGUGUAUUGAUUCGGCCCAGCGUGUGUUGACGCAAGAGCCAAAAGAGCGGAACGUACGGUUCUUAGCUUUCCAGUUUCUCUGCAAAUGUUACGCGGACAAUUCGGAAGCGACUAAGGCAAUCAAUAAUUGCAAGGAGGCGUUGAAAAUAAAGAAAGAAACGGUUAUCCUCUGCGAUAGUGCGGACGCGUAUCUUGCCGCAGAAAUGUUCGACGAUGCUAUCAGAGACUACAAAGAGGCGUUGGAAAUCGAUCCGAAUCUUCAGAGAGCCAAACAGGGAUUGCAAAAGGCGCAACAACGUCAGAAGCAGUCGGAAUCGCGGGAUUACUAUAAAAUUUUGGGCGUGUCGAGAAACGCGAACAAACGCGAUAUCAUCAAAGCGUAUAGAAAAGCGGCGCAGAAGUGGCAUCCCGACAACUUCCAGGAGGGUGACGAGAAGAAGCGCGCGCAGAAGAAGUUCAUCGAUAUCGCUGCUGCCAAAGAGGUCCUCACGGACGACGAGAAGAGAGCGAAGUUCGAUCAGGGCGAGGAUCCACUGGAUCCGGAAUCGGGUCGGCACCCGCAACAGGGUUUCAAUCCCUUCCAGGAGUUCCAUCAUUUCCACGGGUCCCCCUUCCAGUUUAAGUUCCACUUCAAUUAAAAAAAACAUGCCACAAAAAAUCUCGUCGUAAAUAGAAUAAUUUACCGUUUCGCAAAUCUUAACGCUUGUCACUUUGAACGUCGCGGCGAAUAUCUCCACUUCGCUGGAAUUGUUGAAUUCUUCUGUGGUUGAAGAUCGCGCGUGUUUAUAGUUUGAUACGACUUGAGGGAAAGGGGGGGGAGAGGUUGCACUCGAUGUCCGAACUCGUCAAGUUAACAAAUACUAUCCAGUGGCCAUCUUGGCGACAUCGAACGACGGUGAGGCUGUUCUCGGCUCGUGCUUAACAAAAAGUGGAGAUAAAAACAUCCGAAGAGGUGUGAAUACCUCUGGUAAAGAGGUACUUUAUAGUGUUCUGCGCGCCAAAGUCAUUUGCACAGACUGCCGAUAUUACAUUGCUGCGUUUUCGGUGUACAACAAAAAAGAAAAGAAAAAAAAAAAAAAAACGCGGUGUUGCAAUGUCUCUUAUGCAGUUUUCGCGAAUUUCCUUGACGCGGCGUGCAUACACGCA